AAAUUAACCAACUCUACAAAAACAAAUGCACACGCUUACACAUUGCUGCAGAAAAAUAAAAAUGGCUGAGUUUGUGUAAAAGAUCUUAAACUUGUCAGAGAAAAUUUCAUAAUGUUUGGGGAAAAACUUGUGUAAAUUAAAUAAUCAUUGUUAAAGUCAUUGAGAAACAACAAAAAUAAUUUGUGCUAUAAAACUGUGUUAAAAAAAAUGGCCGAUGAUUCUGGUGAUAGUGAUAUUGAACCACGUCCUUCGUGUAGCAAAAAACGGCGCAAUACUAGAGGAAACAAUAAUCAUGGUGGUGAUAAUUGUACCGAAAACAGGAAGGGCAGGCAACGUCGCAUAGUCAUGCGCAUCGAAUUCGAUGAUAGUGGCGAAGAUAGUUCUUCUGUUUCAGAAGUAUCUGUAGAUGAUGGAAAUCAUGGUAACAAUGUGAAUGAGCUGCCAUCAACAUCGAAAAGAACGCGAUCAGCUCGCAAAAGUAAUAAAGCUAGAAAUAAAGAGUCGGUAUCCGAUGAGUCGGAUAAUAUUCAAUGGAGCAAGUCGCAGCGCCUUCGGAACAGACGCACAAAUCUAUUUUGUAUGAAUGGUAGCGAUUCGGACGAGUCUUCAAGUGGGAGUGAGAUAAAUCGUUUGGUUAAAACAAGGGUAAAGAAACCGUCAAAGAAAAUCAUCAUCUCGGAAGAUGAGCAAAUGCAUUCGCAAGAUGAAGCGUUCGAAGGCAACAGCAAACGGGAAGAAACCACAGAGGCUGGUUUCAACUCGGAUAGUAGCAGUAAUGAGCUGCUGGAGAAAUGUCCAAUAUGUCUAUUAACUUUCCGACAACAGGAAAUCGGUUCGCCAGCAACAUGUGCACAUAUUUUCUGCGCCAGCUGCAUCGAAGCUUGGUCCAAGAAUGUGCAGACUUGUCCAAUAGAUCGUAUCGAAUUCGAUCGCCUAAUCGUACGGGAUAAUUAUGAAAAUCGUAAAAUCGUCCGGGAGGUAAACCUAGAUCCGAAAAAGAAAGGCAAAGAGCUCACACUCGAUGAUGAAACAGAACCGCUCGAUGAGGAUGUGACUAAUUGUGAGAUUUGCAAUAGUCCCGAGCGCGAGGAUGUAAUGCUCUUGUGCGACGAAUGCAAUCAAGGCUAUCAUAUGGAUUGUCUAACUCCUCGUCUGACCCAAAUACCGGAGGGUUCAUGGUAUUGCGAUAACUGUUUUGAUCCGUCGGGUGAAAGUGAUGAUGUGUCGGAAGAAUUGAACUUACUUUACGAGGACAUACGCGAUAUGGGUAUACCGCAAACAGCUCUACGCGUAACCGAAUUGCAACAGCCACGCAUUUUGCGUACACGUCAAAAUGAGCGAAUACGGGCAGCUGUUUUGCGCACUACACGUAGUAGAGCACGCAUUGAAACGACCACCACAACCACAACAAGCACAGGUACAGGUCGUGGGCGCGGCAGACCGCUAGGUAGCACAACCACUACCACCACAACUACAACACGUAGGACCAGAUCAUCAAGCACACUACGUAAACCGACCAGACGUCGUCGUGGUCGCGCGCGCAGGCGUACAUACGUAGUAGAAUACGAUGUGAAUAACUUUGAUGAGAAGUUCGCCAUUAAAACAACGAAAAAAAUCAUUAAGAGGCGUCGGCGCAAGCGCAGGAGAUCUGCGCGUGGUGUUCUGCAUGCCACGACCGGUGAGCGCAUGACUGCUAGCAAACGUUUAGCUGAGCAAAUGGGUGUUAAGAGAGACCCCACAUAUACUUCUCACCUCUCAGGCACGUCGGCGGGGCUUUCACUUUUUGGUGGUGCCAAUGACUUGGAAUAUUUUUCGGAUAGUGAUAAUGGGGGCAUCGAACAUGAAAUUCAAGUGGAAACUGGGCAUGGCACUGCAGUACAAACUUCUAUACGCAUAUCGAAUUUCGGAUCGCAACGCGCGCACAAAGGCAUACUUCUAGGCCGAUUGCGUGGUAAUAAUCGAAGUAGUGUGUUAUCCGACCUCAAUGCACCGACUAUCGCUCCCGCUGGUGGCGAUCUUUUGUCAAGCAUAAUGGAUAUACAAGAUCGUUGGCACAAUGCUGCCAGGCACAUGGAAAAUGUACACAUUAAUGCUGAUGGCACCUUACAGCUACCGUCUGGUGGUGCCAAAACCACUAAUAAAGGCGAUAAAAAUCUUGGUAGUGCCGAUACUGAUCCAAAUGCACGUCAUCCAUCUAUCACAGGCCAACAAAGUGACAGCAACGAACAACUGAGAACACCAAUUAAUCCACUAGAGGGCGUCACACAAGCCCCUUUAUAUUCGCGCGGCGGUGGUAACCAAAAUUUCAACAGCGGCGGUGGAGGUGGUAGUGGUGGUAACUAUAAUAACAACCGAUACAAUAAUAACAGCCAAAGCAAUUACCGCGGCACUGGAGGUGGUCAAUAUAGGCACUCAACUGGUGGAAGUGGUGGAGGUGACAUAGGCGGUAACAAUAACAGUAUGGUUGGCCGGGGGAAUUUCAAUUUUAGCAAUCAGAAUUUUAACAGUAAUACUAUCAAUCCUAAUCAGCCCUCGAAUUUUUCACCCUUUUCGAUACGCUUUAAUACACGUAAUAAUAAUAACCAGCGUAACAACAACCAACGCAAUUCUUUGCCCUUUAUGCAUCGAGGCGAUGAAGACAGGCAACAACAACAACAACAACAACAAAAUCAAUCACAAAAUAUGCCGAAUGAGGCUAAUAAUCUCUUUGGUGGACUACCACCACCGAUAAGAACCUCACAACCAGUCAUGGCCCCCUCUCAACUAAUGAGCAUGACAGGCCCACCGCCCAUGUCUGGACCGCCAUCAAUGCCAACACCACCACAUAUGCCAGGUCCACCUCCCAUUAUGGGACCGCUUCCAAUGACGGGACCUCCACCUCCAACAAUGGGUAUGAGUGGUCUGCCGCUGCCACUAGCCAUGCAAUCUAUGCGACCUAUUAUGACAGUACCACCACCACCUGCACCACCACCUGGUGUGCCUAUGCCUUGGGGUACGCCAAUAUUUCAACAACUGAAUAACGACUAUGGAAAUGACGAUGAUGAUGAUACAAUAUGUCCGAAUUUUUCUGUUUACUCUACCGAAUCCCAAGAAAUUGCUAAAUCUACGGAAAUGCAAUCGCAAGCUCAACAAGCUAAGCAAGCAGAUAAGGAAGACGAUGAAAAUGAAGAUUUAGUGCAAUUAGAUGAUGAUGAUGAAAUACCAAUGCCACCAGAAACUAAUCCAAGUCAAUCAACUAAAGUCAAAGAUUCUGACUUAUAUGAGCCAGAAAAUCCCACUGAGGAAAACGAGGACGAAAACGAAAAACUAGAAGAACAAGAAAAAGAGCAAUCCAAAAUAAAAGAUAAUGAUAAUGAAAUAUUAAAAAAUUAUAAUGAAGAGGUGGAGAAUGCGGAAAAUUUAGCUUCCCCUAUUCGUAAACAGCGGAAUAAUCAUAGUCCACAAAAUGACAAUGCACAAUACCAUACGGAACAUGAAAUAACGUCCAAUGAUGGUUCGAAUGCGGAUGCGCAUAAGAUUACGAAUGAAAAUAUAGACGAGAGUAAUAAGAGUGCUAAAGAGACUAAUAACAAAGAACCUAUUACAAAUGAGCACGAUGUUUGCGAUGAGAAAAGUGAGCAUACACCUUCACCUAGUCCAAUAUUGUCCGAGACAAAAUUGCCUGAAAAUGAUUUAACAAUUGCAAAUAAGAAAGGCGUAUUGGAAUUAUAUGAUGACAGUGAUUGGGAAGAGCUUGACAUUGAUAAACCUAAAGAAUAUGAGAAAGCUGUGAAAGCAUCAAGUAAAUCUGACAUUGAAGAAAGCCAAUGUGAGGACGAUGGAGAGUUGGUAUAUGAAAAAGAAAAGAGUAAAAAGAUUAAGGAUAAAGGAAAGGAAAUAGAGGAUAAAAACGAAAGUGAGCCCGACCGUUCUUAUACACCUUGCCUGGAUGAAAAUAUUGAGCCAGAGGAAAGCCAGGAGAAUGGACAAAACAAUGAUGCGGGACUAAAUAGCUCUAAAGAACAAGAUGAUGAGGCUGGUGGUAAAACGCCAGAUGUUGUUGCGAGUGAACCAACGGCUAUAGAAACUGAACUAAUCUCAGACGAUGAAGAUAAUCCCCGUGGCACUAAGAAGCGUAGGAACAGUAAGAAACGAGAUAAACGUGACAAGAAGGUCGAAACUUUCAAAAAAGUGAGCAAGAAACAAAAAAUACGUAACUACCGCACUGACAAGCAACAAUCAGAUAAACUUAAAGAAAGACGACGGUCCAUGAAUUCAAGAUCCCGUUCCAUAUCCAAAUCUAAGUCAAAAUCACGUUCACAUUCACGUUCACGUACUCGCAGUCGAAGCCGCAUACGUAGUCGUACACGUUCACCUCGAGCUGCCGUAAGUCGCUCGCGGUCUCCACGCUCAGCAAGAUCGCGUUCAAGAUCACCAAGAGGUCGUGGCCGUAGACGUUCACGCUCUGUCUCGUUUCGUUCUCGCAGCCGCUCAAACAAUAAGGAGAACAAUUGGGGAAAGGGUAGCCGUUUUAAUAAUAAUCAGUUCAAUAAAUUCCAAGAUCGUAAUAAAAAUCAAAGUCAAUAUCGCCCCAAACGUCGUGAAAUCCAGCGCUACAAUGUCCGUAAUGUCGUAGGCAUUCAACGAAAUUUCAGAGAGGAGAAGGAGGUGAGAGAUCGAUAUGGACGUGAUGCUAAUCGUCCAAUGCGUAAAUUUAGUAGGUCGCCCAGUCCGCGUCGUCGCCGACUUAGUGGUAGGUCAUUUUCAAGGUCACACUCUCGCGGACGUUCCAUGUCACCCAGACGAAAUCGACGUGGCAGUUUCAGCAUGUCACCAACUCCACAACCAUUGAUGCGUCGACAAUCGGUUUCACCUAGACAACGAUACCAAUCACCGCGUCGUCACUCUCUCUCACCACGUCGAAUUACUCCAAUGCGCGCACAUUCUCGCAGCCCGAUGCGCUUGCGCUCACGUUCCAUGACUCCACAACGUAUGGCUGGUAGAAAAGUUAUUAGGCGUGUACGAGGCCGUUCACCGCUGCCACAAUCAGCAAUUUCGCGUUCACCAUCACCAUUACAUUCGAUUUCUGAAUCGCCCCGAUACACGCCACGCUUGCACAGAAGCCGUUCAAAGACACCGCUCUUGCAUGCAGCUAAAGGUAAAAAGAAGAAACUUAAGGAAAAGGGCAAGAAAAAGAAAAAGAAACAACGUUUGACCAGCUUAAGUCCAGAUACCAACAUUCGUAUCUCACGGCAGCGCGAUGCUUUUGAGGUUGACCGACCACCAAAGAAAAAACGUCGGCAUUCGCCGAAACAACAGCCGCCAAUCGCCGAGCCUACUUGGUCACCAUCACCCAGUCCGCCACCAGUGCUUGACUACGAACGCGAUAAUAAUGUGUCAUGGACCCCACCGCUGUUGUCGCCACGACUUGUACAUGAAAUGCACGGCAUCUAUGAGCCCGAACCACAUCGUAGCGAUUCCCCAUCGGGUAAACGUGACAAACGUAAGCGUUUGAAAAAGAAAAAGAAAGGUGACAAGCGACGAGAACUGCGCAAAGACAAGCGGCGCAUACGACGAACGCAAACUCCAGAACCAGUACCAUCGAAAGAGGUCUUCGCCUCAGGCAACAACAUACUAGUUAGUGUGAGUUUUAACAAAGAUGCAGCGCCAAAUCAACAGCCGUCGCAGACAACUGUUGUCACACUACCGGCAACUCGUGAAGACUUGCACACAAUUCGGCGCAAUUCGAUUGAUUGCUUAGCAGGUACGAAUGCUACCAGCAAGAAGAAGAAGAAGCGUAAAAAGCUUGACGCAAAGCCCGUAGCUAUAAUCGACUUGGAACGAUCACCGUUCCAGGUGCACCAAGAGCCGACUGAUGUUAUAGUUCUUACCGACAGCGAAGAAGGAGUUGGCGGACAUGAUAGCGACCACGAGCACGAACAUGAAAAUGAAAGACGACGAGAGAGUCAUCGUGAACGCCGACGCAGCGAAUCCUUAGCUGAGGAAAUGGAGCAUCAUCGAUCACAGAUGAGUAAUGGCAUACGCUCAUCCUCACAACUAGACAAAACGCCACCUCUUGAAAGGGAGCGCCUCGAAACUAUACUGGAAGAGUCGUACGAUUUACCACAAACAGGGCCGAAAACACCGCCUGAACCACCCACGGUCAAAUUUAAUAUAACAACUAAAAAACAAAAUAAAAUACGUAAUAAUCCACUACAUGACGAUAACGAAAUGAAUUCGGAAUCUGAAAUGGCCGAAGUACGUGACCUGGAUACACAUCGUCCAGAGAUGGAAGCAAUGCAUGUACAAAGCAGCCAAAAGAUUGGACCCAAUACACCACCAGAGUCUGGUCCAUGCUCACCCGAUGCUUACGACCCAUUCGACCCUACCAAAUCGCCGUCUCUGUCGCCACGUUCACCAUCACCAGCGCCGCUUAACAGCUCACAAGGCUCAAUAAACGUGGAUGGUGGUGUUGAAGUAGUAUCCACUCAAAAGCAUAUAAUUGACGAACAACGCCUACCAAAUGAGCGUACCAAUUCACAAAUUUCUGGUGCGGCCAACAACAUGACCACACAAGGUCCUACACUUAAUCCCGUCGAACUAGUAAUGAAACUAAUGAAUACUAAACAGAACAGCUCACAGGACUUGAGCAAAUCGAACGAGCCACAAUACAACACUGCGAACCAUAUGCACUCCGCGGGGAUGAUGAAUUCUCACGAUGAUGGAUUGGGUAUGCGCGAUAAAUGCGACGAUCCCAUGGGCCUUACUGUGAUAUCGAAUGUGCUACUGUCUAAUGGCAAUACACAAGCCUCACAACAUAUACCAGUCAUAUCCAGUCCCACACCUAUGGUUAAGGGCAGCCAAAUAUCAAAAUUACCAUUGCCCAAAGUGGGCAGCAGUGUAGGUAGUAGUAGUGCCGGCAUGCCAUCAUCCAAUUCGAAUAUGCGAAACGGCGGUUUAGAUGAGCCGGUGAAUUUAACCGAAAUGGAAAGUCCCUAUUCGCCUGGCUCCGCCGAUUACGAAGAUCUCUUCGAACCGCCACCAGACAGUUCGGGUGCUGCGGGACCGCGUCGUUCAAAGCGUACAAAUAACAAUAAUAAUGCCAAGCUGGAUGUCUUUGAUAACUUAUUCGGCAGCACCUCGCCCGUAGGCCAUGCUCGCAUGCCGAAGAAAUUCAAGGCAAUUGUCACAAGUAGCACGAAGAAAGCUAAAGUAAAAGUCAGCAAAACAGAUGAUCACGUUAAAGUGUACGACGACGUGCCCAACUCAGCUGUUGAAUUACAAGUUAAAGACAAGUUUUUACGUAAGCUGAAUCGACAGGAACGUGUAGUUGAGGAAGUGAAAUUGGUAUUAAAGCCACGUUUCAACAAGAAGCAGAUCACGAAGGAUGAUUACAAGGAAAUUAUGAGGCGUGCAGUUCCGAAGAUUUGCCACAGUCGCUCGGGUGAGAUAAAUCCUCAUAAAAUCAAAAACCUAAUCGAUGCUUAUGUAAGAAAAUUCCGCGCAAAGCAUAAGAAGUUGAAUCUCCUCAAUACCGGACAGGUUAGCAGUGCCGUCAAGUGUGCUGCCUAUUUGAAGAAGCUUUAAGGUCGCACCGAACUCGCAUCGAACACAAUGUAUGAACGUGGAUUGUGAUUGCCCAAAAUAUGUUUGAUCAACGGAAAAUUAAGCUACAUAAAGCUUGGAAACUCAAUUCAAUGGACACCCAUCAUGAAGGCCCACAAAAGACCAUCUUAGUUACUUACAUAUGCCUGAUUGAAUACAUACAUACUUAUGUUCAGAAGCCUAAAAAUAACGGGUGAAAUAUGUUUGCAAUUUAAAAAUCGCAAAUCAAAUUCUUAGAAAAUUUGAAAUUGGUCAUGUAGUUAAAGUAAAAAAAAAAUCAACACACCCACAGUAAAAAUAAUAAUUUAAGAUUUUAAAAGGAUUUGCAAUUAUAUUUACAUUAAAAUAAUUUUGUAAAGAUUGUUUUUGAACAAUUCAAUUACUUACAGCGUCGCUUGGAAUGAAGUUUGGUAUUUAUUUAUUGGCUCAUUACUUUUUAUUAUUAUUUUAUAAAUAUACUUUGAAAUGUUUCACUAUUGUAUUUGAAAACUUAAAAACAAAAAAAAAUAUAUAUAUAUGAAAAGCAACUAGUAGUUAUAGUAAAAACAAGAAGCGUAUAAAUGUAUUCUCUACCAUUAAGAUCACUUUUGUAGCUACGCUGCUUACAUGCAUAUUGUGCGUAAAUAUAUUUGAUUGAUUGUCACAUUAUGAUAUUCAUUAUAUUAUACUUUACUGUAAUUAAACGUAUGCUAUUACCUUUAAUGAUUGUACUUUUUGAAAUUUUAACAAAAAUUUAUUACAAAAGUUAUAGCGAGCUGAGGUGUAACACCAUUUCAACUAAUUGCAAAAAUUUUGAAAUUCAGUAACUAAAAUGUAAAAGUAUCUACAUACAUUAUAAUAAAAAAUACUAUUGAAAACAAAAAGAAGUGUGUAUUCAAAAAUCAGAUUUGUGAAACAUUUAGUAAAUUUUCAGCGCAUUAAUAAUAUAACCAAAAUUAGUGAAAUGUAAUGCAAAUGAUAGAUUUAAUGCAAGUAGAAGAUUUGUAUGUAUUAUUAUUUCACUAUUGUGAAAGGAAUAGUAGUUCAAUCGUUAACUUUACGUUGCCUCAAUACCAAGCUUUGAGCUUUCAAGGGUUUCUAAACAAUUUUUUUUUGCUUUACCGUUAAAAUACGAACGCAUUGAAAUGUCAGUCACAGUACGGAAAAUACUAAGUUUCAAAUCCAAGAUCGCAUAAAUUUUUAGUUUCAUAAAAUAAUUGUAUUUAAUUUAUUAAUUUAUUCGAAAUUGUAGAAAAACUCAGCUGGACUAUAAACUGUUUGCCUCCAAGCAAAAAAUACUACAGUUGUCUACGAUCACAAAAGCCGAUUCUCGUCCUCUUAAAUUUUGUUGGAUUUCUUCUUCAAUUUAUACUAAUCUAACCAUUUUUUUUUUUUUUUUUUAAUUUAAUAUAUAACAUUAAAAUAUCUAUUUUAUGCAAUGACGCGACGCUUUUCCUGUCUCAGGACCGGAAAUGAUUCGAUUUGGUUAUUUCUCUAUUAUUAUUUGUUGCGCACUGAGUCCAUUGGGUAUGACAUUCAAGCUAAGUGUGAAGUAGUCGCUAAAAAAUGAGCGCAGCAAAUAGAAAAUUGGUCGAAACAUUGACAAUUUCCAUGCAAAAUAUGUUAAUUAGAUUUGGAUUUGGAAAAGCACUCAAUGCUGCUGCUGGCUGAGAAGCCAGACAAGUCGAAAUUUACUUACCGGCAGUGAAGACUGUGGACGAGCCCUAGCACGCUUCUUAUGAUAUACGAAAAAACUAUGCAACUUGUUUUAUGUAAGAAGACAAGAGCAAACUUAGACUGAAUUGUUAAUGCCAUAUGAAAAUAUAUAAAAAAAAGGUCCCACAAUUUACAUAC